AUGCCACUUGCCAGCUCGGCCAUGGCGUCGUGUUCGAGCGGAGCCACCAGUGUUCGCACAGCUGCUUCUCGAGCGCGGCCAAUCGCGCUAGAUGCGAUACGCAACCAACGUCAUCAACGUCUCCCGCCAAGCUGGCUGUUUGCAUCACAACAGCAUGUGUGUUUCGGCAUGAUUCGCGUCAGUAGCGCCAAAGAGGCGCACAGGAACUUUACAUGCUCGUCGAUGCACUGCGCUCGUCUGCGCUCGUCAGUCACUCCUUCUUCGACCGCUUCGUCCUCCAGAUCGCACACGCACCAUUUUGCGUUCCCCACGCAUCUUGCCAACCCAACUCCAUAUGACAUCUUCCACUUUCGCUCGCGCUGCGUCUCGCCCGCCGAGAUCAAAUCGCGCUACUACGAUCUGGUGCGCUGCUGCCAUCCGGAUCGAUAUUCGUCUUGCUCGUCGCGUUCCACAAGGGCGGGGAAAACCAAGACGCAAGCAGAGGACGAGUUUAAAAGGGUAGUCUCGGCUUACGCGCUUCUGAAAGAUGCGCGUGCGAAGCAGUUGUACGACCGCGCAGGAAUCGGAUGGGCAUCUGCUGCGUCGAGCUCGUCGGAUGGAUGGCGUACCUUCCAAGAUGUCCGGUAUACACGACGGUACAAUCCCUCGUUUACUGGUGCAGGACACGAUCGCUUCGGUUGGCAGCAUCAAGGCUUCUAUUCGAACCAAUAUACUGAGCGAACCAGCUUCGGAUCCGGAUCGGGUUCCGGUUCCAGUUCGGCGGGUUGGAACGGUGGUAACGGACAAUAUACAUCGAAUGGGAUGUUGAUCAGCACGCUGUUCGUGCUCACAUGGGUGCUUGCAGGCUUGCAGUAUUCGCGCUUGAGUCUACAGAGUGCCAAGGCAGUCGAGCGCGCUGAUCGAAGUCACCUCGACGCAGCACGAAGUCUAAACGACGCCAGAGAGGCGGCGAGGAGUGCCGAGGGGAGGCAAAGGAGGCAGGCGUUCAGACGGCGUGUGAGGGAGCAGAAGCUGUUGGACGAGCUGCAAGCGUUGACUGAAUGCGACAGCGAUCCAUCGCUUCCCCCGCAUGCAUCGCACGCUAAGCAAGCCACAGACGCCGAUAGCGCAUACCGUGUAGGACACAGUGCACCGAGCGGUAAAGCGCCUGCUCAGCAACGUUCCGCCAAAGCCGCACAGACAGCUUGA